CAAUGGCUCAACUGAUGCAUCUGAAAAGAAGGAAGUACCUUUCCUUCCUUACUUACCUGCUUCAUGCUAUAUGACCAGCUAACAACUUAGCCAGGAAAGGAUGAAGAACAGUUAAGCUCAGAACUUUGAACUAUCAGUUGCCUCGAUUUCUCACCAAUCAAGACCCAUGAAGUUGCAGUUCUUUAGUAUUGCACUUGUUCUGUUAAGCUCCACCCUCUCUCUCUUUGGCUUGAUAGUUGCUGACUUGAACUCUGACAAACAAGCUCUCUUGGAGUUUGCUUCUACUGUUCCACAUGCCCCAAGGCUCAACUGGAAUGACUCUACUUCAAUUUGUACCUCAUGGGUUGGUGUAACUUGCAACUCUAAUGGAACUCGUGUCAUAGGCAUCCAUCUUCCAGGAAUUGGAUUAACUGGGUCCAUUCCAGAGAACACCAUAGGAAAACUUGAUGCUCUUAGGGUCCUGAGUCUUCAUUCCAAUGGCCUUAGAGGAAAUCUUCCUUCUAACAUCCUUUCCAUUCCUUCACUCCAAUUUGCACACCUUCAGCAUAACUACUUUUCAGGUGUAAUUCCUUCCACUGUCUCCCCUAAACUCAUUGCAUUGGAUAUUUCCUUUAACUCCUUCUCUGGCAGUAUCCCUCCUGUAUUUCAGAACCUAAGAAGACUCACCUGGUUGUAUCUCCAAAAUAAUUCCAUAUCUGGAGCUAUUCCUGACUUCAACCUUCCAGCACUCAAAUAUUUGAAUUUGAGCUAUAAUAACUUGAAUGGCUCAAUUCCAAAUUCCAUCAAAACAUUCCCUUAUACUUCUUUUGUUGGGAACUCUCUCUUAUGUGGGCCACCUCUAAAUCAUUGUUCUACAAUCUCCCCUUCUCCAUCUCCUUCUCCUGUUUACCAGCAAUUCUCUCCAGCAACUACCCAAAACCAAAAAGCUACCACCCAUAAGAAAACCUUUGGCCUAGCUACUAUUCUUGCUCUAGUCAUUGGAGGCAUUGCAUUCCUCUCUCUACUAGUUUUAGUGAUCUUUGUAUGCUGUUUGAAGAGGAAAAACAGCAAAAGCAGUGGCAUACUGAAAGGGAAGGCGUCUUGUGCUGGAAAGACUGAGGUCUCAAAGAGUUUUGGUAGUGGGGUGCAAACGGCUGAAAAGAACAAGUUAUUUUUCUUUGAAGGUAGCUCUUGUAGCUUUGACCUUGAGGAUUUGCUAAAGGCUUCAGCUGAAGUUCUUGGAAAAGGGAGCUAUGGAACAGCAUACAAGGCUGUUUUGGAGGAGGGAACAACAGUGGUAGUUAAAAGAUUGAAGGAAGUUGUGGUUGGAAAGAAGGAGUUUGAGCAGCAUAUGGAAUUUGUAGGGAGACUUGGAAGUCACCCCAAUGUCAUGCCCCUUCGAGCUUAUUACUUUUCCAAAGAUGAGAAACUUCUAGUUUACAACUACAUGCCAGGAGGCAGCUUGUUUUACUUGUUGCAUGAAAACCGUGGUGCAGGAAGAACUCCGUUAGAUUGGGAUUCAAGAGUGAAGAUUUCACUUGGAGCUGCAAAGGGAAUUGCUUUCAUUCACUCCGAGGGGGGUCCAAAAUUUCCACAUGGAAACAUAAAGUCAACCAAUGUGCUCAUAACUCAAGAACUUGAUAGCUGCAUCUCUGAUGUUGGAUUGCCUCCUUUGAUGAAUACCUCAGCAACCAUGUCCAGACUCAAUGGCUAUAGAGCUCCAGAAGUUACUGAUUCCAGAAAGAUCACACAGAAAUCUGAUGUUUACAGCUUUGGUGUGCUUCUACUUGAAAUGCUAACAGCCAAGACCCCAAUGAGAUAUCCAGGGUUUGAUGAAGCUGUUGAUCUUCCAAGGUGGGUGAGGUCUGUUGUUAGAGAAGAAUGGACAGCUGAAGUCUUUGAUGAGGAGCUUCUGAGAGGCCAAUAUGUUGAAGAGGAAAUGGUGCAGAUGCUUCAGAUUGCACUGGCUUGUGUAGCUAAGGUGCCAGAUACAAGGCCUAGAAUGGAUGAAGUUGCUAGAAUGAUAGAGGAAAUUAAACACCCUGAGUUGAAGAACAGGCCAUCCUCUGAGUCUGAGUCUAAUGUGCAGACACCAUAAACUCUUUUGCCUACUAACUGCAGUUGAGAGAGUUUUAGGAGAUAAUGUCAAGAGAUUGUUGGGCUUUCCUCGUAUUCUGUUCUGUCCUCAAGCAAUAAGCAUAUUUCAUUGUGAAAUACUAAUGUUUAUAUUCAUGUUGGCAUUCAAAGUUUUCAUGUUUCACUCUGUUUAUUACCUUUUGAAACUUUUGGCUGAUUGUUGU